AUGGCGCCCAACCUGGAGGUGCGGGCCCGGAAAUUCCGUGCAAUGUUUGACAGAGCAAAAGCUACAUAUCUGAAGAAAAAUCAAUGGCCUUCAUUCUGGGGCUGGCUCCCGGUCGAGAUCCAGAUCAAUAUUUUUAGCCACUGUCGUCUGCAGGAUAUAGUCCACUUGCGGCUGACGUCCAGAGCCUUCACCACUCUCAUUGAUACCCACGAAGAAGCGAUUUCGCGGAAAUAUCUACGGCUUCGAAGACACGGAAGUUUGCCGUCUCCCAUCGAUGAAUCAAGGACAUAUACACGGGAGCCGGAGGAUGACGUGAUCCUUCUCUCUGAUCUGUUUCCCCCUCCCCGGCGUGAAAAUAGCGACCAGGGCGUCUAUACUUUUCGGUAUCUCUGGAGUUUGCGGAAGCGCCAGGAGGUGUGUUCGAAGUUGUCGUACUAUCUUGCAGAUAGAGUGCUGGACAGAUAUAUGCAAACUUCACUGGAAAACGAUCCCCCGUUUGCCUCCAAAAAGGAUUUACAGGCCUCUCAUGAGUGUCGGGUAGCUCAGCUGCAGUUCAAGCUCACCCCUCUCAUGUUCUACACCCUCUUCUUCCUAGAAACCUACGCCCGCGCCCGCCUCGACCUGCAAUCCGAUCUCUACGCCACAUACCUAGCUGGCCGACUCCCUGUCCCAAUCCAACCUCCCGACCGCUCUCGCAUGUUCCGCAAACUGCAAGCUGAAAUCGUCAGAACCCCUCCCUUCACCAACACCCGCACCUUGAUCUCCACCCACCACUGCACCCACCUUUUGGUCUCCUAUCUGCGCUUUACUCUCUCUCCCGAACCACCCUUCCACACAUCGUGCGACCCCUGGAUCAGCAUGCUGCUUACCACGUCCGGCCUGGGCCGUAUUGCUGAAUUUUUCGCCGCGGAAAAGGGCGGGGGCAAUAACCAACGGACCAUGCGCAAGGAGUUUAUGCGCAACAUGCAGGCGGAUUGGGACGCGAGCAGGAACGAUGUGCGGGCUUGCAUGGUGUAUGGGGAUGGGGAGGAGAGCGUGAAACCGCCUCCUAUACGGGAGAUUUGGUUUGAAGCGGCAAGGACUGAGAUGCGGGUUCGCGGGGUGUUGCCGCAUCAGACGGAGGAUUGGGUGGAGGUGAGCGGAGGGGCGAGGAUCAGCAUUGGUUGUCAGAAUUGUGUCGCUGAAGAUGGGUGGUUGGCCUGA